AUGCCAGAGUACGAGCACAACCUCUCCAAGUCCGCCGCCCACCACGUCGAAGACACACUCGGGCAGGGCGCCCUCGUCGAGGCCAAACGCGCUUCGGACGAGGAGCACGGCCAGACGCUGUGGCAGGCGAUCAGCGCCAACCGCAAGGCCGUCGCCUGGUCGAUGCUCAUCUCCAUGUCCAUCGUUAUGGAGGGCUACGACGUCAUCCUGAUCGGCAACUUCUUCGGAUACCCGCAGUUUGUGAAGAAAUACGGCCACGACUACGGCGGCUCGGUCGGCUACCAGGUGUCAGCGCCGUGGCAGACGGGAUUGUCGAUGGGCAGUACGGUAGGGACUGUGUUUGGCGGCAUCCUCAAUGGAUACCUCUCCUCGGCCAUCGGCUACCGCUGGGUCAUGAUCGGCGGUCUUUUCUUCAUGAACGCCUUCAUCUUCGUCGUCUUCUUCGCUCCAUCGCUGCCCGUGCUCCUGGUCGGCCAGAUCCUCUGCGGCCUCGCCUGGGGAGUGUUUGCCAUCGUCGGGCCAACCUACGCGUCCGAGGUCUGCCCGACCAACCUGCGCGGCUAUCUCACGACGUACGUCAACCUCUGCUGGGCCAUCGGCCAGUUCAUUGCCGCCGGCGUGCUGGAGGGCCUUAUCCACCGCCCCGACGAGUGGGCGUACCGCAUCCCCUUCGCCCUGCAGUGGAUGUGGCCGCUGCCGCUGAUGGUGGUCUGCUUCUUCGCGCCGGAGAGCCCGUGGUAUCUAGUCCGCAAGGGCCGUCUCGACCAGGCUAGACGCAGUCUCCGCCGGCUGGCAGGCAACAAGACGGAAGAGCAGAUCAACGGGCAGCUGGCGAUGCUGGUGCACACGGCAAGGAUCGAGGCGCAGAUGGAGGAGGGCGUCAGCUACUGGGACUGCUUCCGGGGCGUAGACCGGCGCCGGACAGAGAUCUGCUGCGUGGCGUUCGCCGGCCAGAUCCUGUCAGGUAGCACGUUCGCCUACUCGCCCAGCUACUUCUUCACGACGGCGGGCAUGAGCUCGGACCGGGCGUACCAGCUCAACCUCGGGGGCACGGCCAUCGCGUUCGUCGGGACGAUCCUGUCCUGGUGGCUGAUCACGCAUGUGGGCCGGCGCACGCUGUACGUGGGCGGGCAGGGGAUCCUAGCGGUGACGCUGUUCCUGAUAGGCAUCCUGAACGCCUCGUCCAAGUCAUCCGGCUCGCUGUGGGCGCAGGCAGCCUUCUGCAUCUUCUGGCUGUUCGUGUACUCGCUGACUGUGGGACCAAUCGCGUACGCCAUCGUGUCGGAGACAUCGUCGGUGCGGCUGCGCUCGCUGACCGUGUCGCUGGCGCGCACGACCUACCAGCUGGUUAACAUCAUCUCGCAGGUGCUGGAGCCGUACUUCAUGAACCCGACGGCGUGGAACGCGUCGGGCAAGACGGGCUUCUUCUGGGGCUGCACGGCGUUGCUGACCUUCCUGUGGGCGUAUUUCCGCCUGCCGGAGGCGCGAGGACGGACGUACGAGGAGCUGGAUAUCCUGUUUGCCAGGAAGGUGUCUGCGAGGAAAUUUGCGUCGACGCAUGUGGAUGCGUAUGCGGAGGGGGAGAUUGUGUCGGAGAAGAAGUGA